CAUUAAUUGCAAUCAGCCACAACAAACAGAAUAAUUGCAAUUUAUUUAUUUUAUUAAUAAUAAUUUAAAGCAACAUGCUUUCCAACUUGGUUGUGACCAAUCAAAAGGUUGUGCUUAUAAUUGAUCAACUAAAUCGAGAGCGCAUUGCGUUAAAGUUCAUUGGCAGCCUGCUGCAUGAGCAGGGCGAGGGUGCGGAGGUAAAGAGCUUGCCAAUUGGCACACAAUUGCAGCACGUGGCGAGCUUUGACGCAUUCCUCAACGAAUUAAGCAACAAUAACAACAAUAAUGCAAGCGCUCAAUCGCCUGGUGAACCAACAAUUAAACCCAGUUAUAAUGUUAUAUUGCCUACAUUGGCCGAUCUGUUGAGCUAUCAGACACCCGCCUAUAUCUUUGAUUAUCUUAACAAGUUGCGUCGCUCUGAUCAUGUGCGUCGUGUGUUCCUGUGGGCAUCGCCAGCGCAUUUGCAGCAUGUCGACGCGGACUAUAUAUUGGCGGGAUGCGAAUACCUGGCGGAGUUGGUGCUACGUUUGGAAACUGAGACCACACUGGCGCUAAUUUCACGCAAGCCAGGUGGCGGAGUAAGCAACAAACGCUAUAACUGUCAGGUUAGCAAGACAGAGUUCCAAGUGUCACCGUUGAUGGAGAGCAAAGAGGCUAAGGAAGCCACAAUUGAAGAGGAUAACGUCAAGGCUGCUGAUCCUGGUGGCACUUUUAAAAUUGAGCUGGAUGAGGAUGAAAUGGUCGCCAGAAAUGCUUUAACCUUGCCCUAUGAGCAACACAACAAGGAACCCACUGAAGGCAAUAUUAUCUACACACCCGAUGCUGAUGAUGAUUUUGAUGAUGAAGAUCCCGAUGAGGAUUUGUUAAUCUAAAGCGUGCACGCACACCAAACGGCAGUACAAAUGGCCUUGGCUUUAAAUAUUUAAGUCUAAUAUAAAAGAAAAUGGAAAAUUUGAGGAAAAUUAAAUAUACAAUUGUAUUGGCAUAGUUCAAAGUUUAUUCUAGAGUUAUACACAAAGACACAGAGAAAAAUGUUACAAUUGCCACGCUUAGUUACUUAAACAACUUUAAAGAAAACUUCCUUAUAAUACUCUAAAAAGAAAAGCAGAAGAAAAUCUCUUAAGACGCACACCACCAGCUAAUCAAGUCAUCUAAAUCAUUAUUAUAUAUCACAAACAUUCUGUAAAAAAAAAGACUUUAAAGUGCGUGAGAGUUUAAUGAGUGUGUUUGAAAAAUACAUGCAGAGUUUUGAAUGAAAAACGUGUAUUCUUUUUUAAGUUUUAGAGUUAGUUGUAAAAGAUCUACGGCAUAGCCGAAGCCUCAAUGCUCUUGCACAGCGAAUUGACAAAUUUUUCAAAUGGAUUA